GUUACAGGAAUACAAUUGUACUGUAGUGAAGCCGUCUCUAGAGUAAUGCAAGAUCUCUUUCAUGAUCAUGUGAAAUGUCACUUGUCCUGAUAAAGAAAAUGGCAGACGGAAGGGAGGGUGGUGCGGCAGUUGCCGCUUCUCAUAUGAAUGCUGUUAUUUUAUCUAAAACAUCAGGCGUACGCCGACCCCAGCUAAAUAACUCAUGCAAAGAUUUAAAGCGCAAUUAUGUAUUUUAUCUCCAGUACAUUUCCAUGAUUGUCAGUUAUGAAGCUGCUCUACUGAUAAUCUCAGUGCGUCCUUGCUGGGAUGACACAAUCAAUCUACUGCCAGAGAAUAUCAACACCAAACACAUUGGUUCACCGUUCCACGGGAGCGGACAGUACACAGCAUACCAUAAUGUUCUGAAUAAUGGCCAAGUCUACCUCGCUCCCUAUUCCACUGACCUGCUUAGGCGUAACAAACACAAGUCCAACAUUUAUCGGAAACUGUUAAACUACCUGUUCUCUACCCUCCUGCUCUACGGGGAUGUGCAGCUCAACCCUGGGCCUAACAUCACCGAGCCAGCGAUACUCACUGGAGUGGAAAGCAGUGGAUGGCCUCGUCCACUGAUCGUCGCCGCUGCAGAAGUGGACACAGGGGACACGCCCGAUGCAGCAGCGAGAGGCUACAACCAAUGCUACCACGUUGCCGGGCUGGUGCGGAGAGCGGGACAGCCGGUGACCAGCCAUUGACUACCAGACCAGCCAUUGACUACCAGACCAGCCAUUGACUACCAGACCAGCCAUUGACUACCAGACCAGCCAUUGAGUACCAGACCAGCCAGUGACUACCAGACCAGCCAGUGAGUACCAGACCAGCCAGUGACUACCAGACUAGCCAUUGACUACCAGACCAGCCAUUGACUACCAGACUAGCCAUUGACUAAUGACCCCCGCUCAGGAGGUAGAGCCGAACGAACCCUGCUCGGGUAGUACCAAAUGAACGAACCAACAUUGGCCACCGCUCUGUGAAUCAGCUGCUGUAAACUUUGCUCAUAGUUAGCCUAUAGCCCUGAAUCCUAGCCCCUUUUUUAUGUAGUGAUACUGUCAUUGUUAAAGCUGAAUUUAUAAUAAAGAACCUUUGCUUGUA